AUGAAUGCCUUCAUCCUUCUAUUCCUACUUUUUGCACCCACUUUCCAAUUGAAUAUUCGUGAUGAAAGCUUCUUGAGAUUCUGUGGUAAAGUCGGCAGUUUAACAACUACAACAGGAACCAAUUUGGAUGGUGUAACAUGUAAAGUGAUUUGGAAUAUUGCCACAAACCUGGUGAGUUGAGUUGGAACGUUUGGAAUUACCACCUGGAAUUAUUCAUUGUUUUCAGGAUGAUGUUGAACAAAUUUGCAAAAUCAAGGCUCCAUAUCCUUUGAAAUCAUUUGCCGUCGACAGUAGCAACAAGGCAGAAUGUACAUAUGAAAAUGUCUAUACAUGUCGACCGGAUUAUACUCAAAUCAAUGGAUAUUGUUAUCGAAUUAUGUCGGAUAAACUUAUCACAUAUGCAGAAGCUGGAAAAUUAUGCGAUUCGCAGAAAAUCUGGCUAGAAAUAUCUGGAAAAGAAGUGAAAAGUGCAAUUGUCGAUCUCUUUGAUGAAGAUCUCAUUCGAUUAUUUGAAUGUACGACUGUUUUUCAAAAUUCAGUGAAAUAGCUAUUUAUAUUUUUCAGUGUAUUUCGAAGAAAUGCGUUCAAUUUGGAUUCAACCAAAAGAAGAUUUCAACGAAAUCGUCGAAUACAAAGGGGAUGGUCCAAAUUAUGCGAUUGUUUAUGGAAUGGCAACAUUUUAUAGUGUCGGACCGAAUUCAUUGAUAAAAAUGCCGAAAAAUCAUCGAGCUCAGGCAAUGUGUUUUUAUCGACCAGAAGAGACGCCAAGCAGUUUUGGAUACAAAGCCAGGAAAUUGGGAAAAUAUUAUUAUCCAAUUUUGCAAAGAGCAGCAUUGACAGCAUGGAGAACUUUGGGAGCAUACAAUUAUUGGUGGGUUUAGGGCCGGUGAAGAUCCACAGAGUGUAAUUACCCCCAAAAAUUCAAUUUUUGAUUUUUUCAGGUUUCAAAAUCAAGACAAAUAUUUUGCCAUAAAUCAAUGCAAAAAUUCAAUGUCUGCAAUCGCUGGAAAUUCAGAAAUCGACGUUUUCAAUCCAACAAAAGACAAUAUGCAACUUUUACGAGAAAACGUUGAAGUCAAAGAAUCAUUCAUCAAAUCCUAUUCACCAUCAUAUCUCUGUUGUUAUAGUGUUUAUCAUUACAGAGAUUACGGCAAUUCAUAUUACAGCUAUCAUUCAAGAUUUCUUCAUUUCUCAAAAAGCUAUACAACAUUCAAUUGUGAAUCUGGAACUACAUUACCCGAAAUGACCUCUGUGUUCUACAGUUUUUCAGGACAAAGUCAUGGAGAUCACUGUAAGGAAAGAUAUGGAACCGUUUUGUUGUAUCCUGAACCAGUGUAAGUUGAAAUGAUGAAAUUGUCUUUGAAUAUAUUUUUUUCUAGAAGUGGCAUUGAUAAUUUGGAAGUUUACAAUCGUCAAGAAGCUCCACUUCUAUGCUCAAUUUUCCACAAAGAUAUCAAAGAACGAAAAAAAUGUCCAAAUGGUUGGAGAAAGUUUGGAAGAGCAAGUGGAAGAAAUGUUUGUCAUCGAUUGUUUUUGGAAGAGGUUAAUUUGUCUUCUCGAAGAGAAAAAAUAUGUGUUUAUUUUCAGAAGAUUUUCGACGAUGCUCAAAAAUCUUGUAGAUCAGAAGGCGCCGAAUUAUCCACGUUCACAUCUCAAGAAGAAUUUGAUUUCCUGAAAUCUGAAGUUUCCAAAUGGAUUGGUCUUCGAAAAAAAUCGAGUUGCACGGUGUCUCAGCCGACUGGAGAAUGCACAAAACAAAAUGUAAAGUUAUUUUUUUAUAUUAAAAAUAUAUAUUUCAAUGAUGACUUCAGAUUGUUGUUUGGGAUAGUGCUGGAUUCGAAGAUUAUUCGCAAAAUGUCAAGGAAUUGUUUGGAAAAUUGUGGCCAGCUCAUGAACCAAAUAAUGAAAAAGAUAAUGAAUAUUGUGUUCAUCUUCGAGGAAAAACUCUGCUUUUGAAUGAUUAUAAGUGAGUUUUUGUUUUUGAAAACUGGAAAUAACAAUUUGUCCAGGUGUGCUGUCACAGAAGCCUAUUCUUGUGUCAAAGAUGCUGAUUAUGAAUGA